GUAAGCACAGGGCUCAGUUGAGGGAGGAUGGAGCAGAGGAGGCUGAAGGGGAAAUGCAGCACAAAAGAGGUAAAGGGGAAGAACAGGAAUAUCUGGCUAAUCUAAACGGAUUCAGGUCCCCAGGACCAGAUGAACCACAUCCAAGAGCGUUGAAAGAAGUCAUUUCAGAGAAUUCUUGGAGAAGAGGAGAAGUCCCAGCAGAGCGGAAAGAGAAGAGCUGACCCCGACCCACAUGAACUGGCAGUCGCCCUCGAACGGGCAGGCGCACCGGACGUCGCGCUUCUCGUCCUCGGAGCCGGUCUUCCGCCGCGGGCAGGAGUUCACCUUCACCGUCUACCUGAGCCAAGCCCCGCAGGGCGGGGAGGCCUUCUCCUUCGUCGCCGAGACCGGCUCGUCCCCGUCGGAGUCCCAGGGCACGCGCGCCUCCUUCGGUGGCGGGGGCGGCGGGGCGUGGGGGGCGUCGCUGGUGGGCCGCGAGGGCAACCAGCUCUCCUUCUCGCUGACCAGCCCGGCCUCGGCCCCCGUCGGGCGGUGGAAGCUCAGCCUCCGGGUCGGGCAGGGAAACGCCCGCCUCCUCGGCCAGUUCGUCCUGCUCUUCAACCCCUGGUGCUCAGGUGACCCGGUCUACCUGAGUGAUGAGGCCUCACGGCAGGAGUAUGUCCUCAACGAGAACGGCAUCAUCUUCGUGGGCAACGCCAAGUACAUCGAAGCCCGGGGCUGGUACUAUGGGCAGUUCCAGAAGAGCAUCCUGGACCUGUGCCUGCUGCUCUUGGACCUGAGCCUCUACCACCGGAAGGACGCCGCCGGGGACACCGCGCGCCGUGGAGACCCCCGCUACGUCUCCCGCGUGGUCAGCUCCAUGGUGAAUGGCAAUGACAAUGACAACGGGGUGCUGGAGGGCAAGUGGAGCGAGGAGUUCGCGCACCACGAGAACCCCUCGCGCUGGGACGGGAGCGUGGCCAUCCUCUGGAAGUGGGCCAAGGACAGGUACCGCCCCGUCCAGUACGGACAGUGCUGGGUCUUCGCCGGAGUGGCCGCCACAGCGCUGCGCUGCCUGGGCAUCCCCACGCGGCUCAUAACCAACUUCAACUCUGCCCACGAUGCAGACCACAACCUGGCCAUCGAUAAGUACUAUGACCCCUCCGGGAAGAGCCUCAAGAUCGGGCAGGACUCCGUCUGGGACUACCAUGUGUGGAACGAGUGCUGGUUCGUGCGCGGAGACCUGGGGGGCUCCUACAGCGGAUGGCAGGUCAUCGACGCCACACCACAGGAGCGGAGCCAAGAUUCCCCCGAAGAGCGUGUCGCGUAUCGUCGGGCCUUGGCUGAGCUCUCGGGGUCCCACGCGGCCCCCACGGAGGAAGCGGUGGAGGAGGAAGCGAGUUCGAGGGCCAGGGCAUCAGAGGAGGAGGGAGUCCCCCCUGCGUCGGUCCCCUCUCCGGCCUCCCCGGCUUCGGAUCUGAUCUCGCAGCCCGGGCUCUUCGGGCGCUUCCGCCUGGCACGGCCCCCUGUGCUGGGGGGCGACGUGGCGCUGGUGCUGAGCCUGUCCAACCUGCGUGAGGAGCCCACCGAUGUCACCGUCCACCUCUCUGUGGCCACCGCCCUCUACACGCGCAGGACCAUCCGGGAAGUCCUCAAGGAGUCCACCGCCUUCCGUCUCCAAGGAAAGGAAGGGUCCUUUGCUUCCUCUGGCCUCACGCCCCUUUCCUUUUCUCCAGAGAGGCAGCUCCCUUUGCGCAUCACUUAUGGGCAUUAUGGGGCAGCGCUGACGGAUGACCGGAAGCUGCUGGUGACGGCACUGUGUGAUGUCCCUGGUGGGGUCAAGCUGCUGGUGGAGAAGGCCAUCACGCUGGAGGGGCCUGACAUCCGCAUCAAGGUGCCCUCCCGUGUUGUGUCCUCAACACCAACCACUGUGGAGAUUGGCUAUGGCAACCCGCUCCCGGUGCCCGUGGACCAGUGUGUGCUGUUGGUCACGCUCAUGGGGCACGCCGUCAAGAUCAACGUGGCGGCCUUGGCUCCGGGGGAGCAGUCGAGCAUCUUCUUCGAGUUCACGCCGCGCACCUCGGGGGCCAUGCAGCUCCACGUGGACUUCUCCUGCGACCGCUUCCAGCACGUCAAGGCCUUCACCCUCAUGGACGUGGCCGAGGCCUGAGCCACCGCCUCCUCUACCAUCAUUAAAACUAUUUUCCCCAGCAGAAAA